AUGGAAGAAGCGUCUCAGCACAACACGAGCGAGGAUUGUUGGAUCGUUAUUGACGGCAAGGUUUAUGACGUUUCAAGUUAUUUGGACGAGCAUCCAGGCGGAGAUGAUGUCUUACUUAGAGCCACCGGAAAAGACGCCACAGAAGAAUUUGAAGAUGCCGGGCAUAGUAAAACUGCAAGGGACCAAAUGGAGCAAUUUUUCAUUGGGGAACUCGAUCAGUUGCCACCUCCUAUUCCCGAGCUCGAAAUUGUACACAAAAAGCAAGAAUUUAAGGAGCGGCUCGAGAAUGUGCUGAACCUGAGCAAACAAAACUGGGUUUUCCCUGUUGCUGUUGUUAGCUUAUCAGUGGCUGUUGGUGUGUUAUACCUAAAGAGGAAGUAG